AUGCACCAUCUUGAAGGUCCCUGGGCGGCGGCAGAUAGCACCAGGCGUCCGCCAUACAAUUCGGAGGCAUCGGACCUCUCAAGAGAUGAUCGGCGACCGCUCAUUCAUGUGCAGUCCACCGACUCGGCAGAGACCCGCAUCGAGCCAUUAGAGUCCGCGCAAACCCAACGACCCAAGAGCUCAGUGACCGCCGAGCCCAGCGCCGCCCAUGUCACCGGCGCUCCGCACGGAUCUUACAACAAGCUGUCUAACACAGACUGGGACUCGGCCGAGUCGCCUCGUCACGGUGGAUGGGACUACACACCAGGGAGAACAGACACAAAGUCCCAUCUAUCCCACAGAGAAUCCGGUCUCACUCCUUCUGCACCCAAGCAGCCAUGGAGCACAUCCCUCAAGGGCUGGCUACCAGAGCUCAUAUGGUCAAUCAUAAGCAUCGCCUCCGUCGCCGCUCUCGCCGGGGUGCUAUCCCGCUUCGAUGGCCAACGACUGCCCGAAUGGCCGCUAGGCCUGACACUCAACACUCUCAUCGCCUUCCUCGCGACGCUGGCGCGAGCUGCGUUUGUUAUCCCAGUGUCUGAGAGCUUGUCGCAGUUGAAGUGGCUCUGGUAUCGCAAGGAGAGGCCGUUGAAGGAUUUUCAGGAUUUCGACUCGGCUAGCAGAGGACCUUGGGGGAGUAUUCAACUGUUGAAGACGACUAAGGGUUGGUCCCCGAGUCUCAUUGCUACGAUUGUCAUGAUCACGGCAAUCUUCACGUCGACGUUGACGCAAUCCGCCGUCACAUACCCCGUCCGCCUCGCGCGCGUAGACGGUGAUGCGACAGUGCCCCGAUCAACAUCGUACUUCUUUAGUACAUCCAAUACCUUCUCCAGCCUUCAGCAAGAAAACUACGUUCAACAAUCCAUCUUCGAAGGCCUAAGCUACGAUCAUACCCAAGAAUUCCCCCUCAGCCCGGCCCGCUGUCCCACAAGCGAGUGCCAAUGGGAGACUUACAGCUCGCUGAGCAUCUGCGCCAAAUUCUGGAACGUGACGAAUUCGUUGAAUGUCACAACUAGAGAGACGUCUACUGGGUCACCGCGGGUGAAAGCUUCGCUUCCCAACGGGAUAUCUGCGAAUUUGAGCGGUAACUACUUCGGUCUCAUCAAUCUACGGGGCAUGAGUAAGCCAAUUGCGUCAGACGUGAAACCCGAGGCAGCGCUCUUCAACUUCACGGUGAUCUAUUCCUUACGAGAAGGGAAUGACGCCGCAGUCGGAGCCACGGAGGCUGUGCUGUACCUCUGCGCGAAGACGUACAACCUCUCCUUCACAGGCAACAUUGAAUCGCGUAAGGUCGUCGACAUCACCUCGGACGUCGAACAGGGCUCCAUCACGUUCCCCUCCGGCCAGGUACGAGACGACCUACCCGCGAUACGAGACCCCCUCAACCCCGAUGGCGAAAACUUCCCCUACGGCGGUACCGGGUUCGGCGCGAUGCAGGACAGUCUGAGGAAUGCGCUCAACGGGUCGUACUCGGAUCUCAGUAACGUGCCGAGUGCACUCGGUCUUGCGCCGGCUCGGUACCUGGCUGCGAUACAGUACGGCGCCAAGACGUUGGAGGCGCAGGGGCGGGCGAAUGUGUCGCAGGAGGUUGUGAUUAAUGAGGCCGUUGCGAAUAUUACGAAUAAUGUUGCCAGGAGCUUGUCGAAUCGCAUAACAAAUGAUACCACAAUAGCAAGUGGGCAAGCACUCGCAUCGGAAACAUUCGUACAAGUUCGCUGGCCUUGGCUUGCGUUCAUAUCCUGUCAGGCCGUGCUUUCCAUCAUGCUCCUGGCUCUCGCCAUCGUUCAGACCAAAGCAGCGGGUAUCGGGGUGGUGAAGAGCUCUACGCUACAGGCCAUGGUCGCUAUCAACUCCAAGGAUAAGCAGGCUCUUGAGAUUGGGCUUGCGCAGGGGCACCAUCAGGAAGAAGUUGAUGAUGUCGUUAAGAGAGGGCCUGGGAUAGCUUGGAGCUUGGGUACAGUAGAGACAACAUUCGCAAUGUCUCAACAGCUUCUACACCGCGGACUCGCCGAAACAGGCCUCCUGGCCCUCGGCAGAUCCCACCCCGACAUCAAAUUACUAUGCCUCCAGCGCUUCGUGCGCAUGUUCGCCUACGGCGCGACAACCUUGCAGCUAGUAGCGUACUUUGAACUCCUCGGCCUCUCGGCGACGCGAAUUGGUCUGUUCAUGGCGUUUACGCUGGUCGGCGACGUCUGCAUCAGUUUAGUUCUCACCUCCAUCGCCGAUGGCGUCGGGCGGAAGGCGGUGCUAGCUGCAGGCGCGGCUUUGAUGGCUGUUAGCGGUGUUGUUUUUGCGAUGUGUAGCGGGUUUUGGGUGUUGUUGGCUGCUGCUGUGGUGGGGGUUAUAAGUCCAAGUGGCGCUGAAAUUGGACCUUUCCGGGCUGUGGAAGAGAGUAUCGUCGCGCAUCUUACUACGGCUGAGGAUAGGAGCGAUGUCUAUGCCUGGUAUAGCCUCAUGGGUGCGGCCGGAACUGCCUUUGGGGCGAUGACGAGCGGCUGGACGGCGCAUUACUUGACGACGAGUGCCGGCUGGGGACUUGAGCAUGCGUACCGUGUAGUCUUUUACGGGUAUGCGGUGCUCGGAGUGUUUAAGUUCUUCCUCGCCUUGCUCCUGAGCCGUGAUAUUGAGGCAGAACGGGAGGAAGCCGGGGCGUCUGCGGAAGAGACUGCUCCGAUUCUGGGCGAACGGUCGGCUGAGAGUGAGGUAGAGGUCAAGACUUGGCGGUCGAAGCUUUUCCCGAGGAUUGAGAGGAAGAGUAUGCCUGUUGUCGCUACCUUGUGCUUCUUCUUUGCGCUUGAUUCUUUUGCCUCGAGCUUGACUACCCAGUCCUGGAUCGCCUUCUUCUUCCGGUGGAAGUUCAACGUGGACGAUGGAACUUUGGGCUCUUUAUUCUUCACCACGAGCCUGCUGGCAGCGGCCACAACUCUAGUCGCAUCCUCGAUAGCCAAGCGAAUCGGCAACCUCAACGCCAUGGUCUUCACCCACCUCCCCUCGACAAUCUUCACCGCACUCAUCCCUCUCCCGCGAGACGCCACCAUGGCCAUCGUGUUUCUGAUCUUCCGCGCCCUGACGCAUUCCAUGGACGUCGCGCCGAGAGCCGCUUUCCUUGCUGGCGUGAUCUUGCCCAAGGAGCGGACUACUGUGUUGGGCUUGAUCAAUGUUUUGAAGACGUGCACGUCGAGUGUUGGUCCCGUGGGUGUGGGUAUCUUGGUGGAUAAGAAUCUCUUCUGGGUUGCUUUUGUGGGUGCUGGGUGUCUCAAGGUUGUGUACGAUCUUGGGAUGUUGGUUUCGUUCCGCAAGCAUGAGCGAGAGCUACGGGAUGGAGCGGCUGGGAGUGCUUAA